AUGACAAGAAAAUACCGCCAGGAUGGGCAGUCCAUGCUUGUCUUGGCGUCGUUUCUUUCUGCGGUCGGCAUCUUGACCGCUGACUCGGCUGUCAGGCCUCAUUUUUUUUAUGGUCACGCGGAAGAGUACCAGCCGCCACGUAAACACUGGAAGGAGUUCGUUAUUGAAGACGCUGCUAAAGACAUUGAGGAACUCGAUGUUGGAGAUAUCAACGAUGACCAGAUCGACCUGCCUCCAGAUUUCCCACGGAGCGCAUCUCCAGCAGACUCUUUUCGAAUCGAUAUGGACGAUGAAGGGGAUUGGGCACAGACGAUGGGCACGCACUUUGGCGAACACUUGCUCAUUGUCAAUCUCAGACUGGACGGUGAAUACGAGCUCUACGGGGACCCGGACUUCACAGGUGCCGUUCUAAGUAAAUGGGUUGCGAUGCUGAAGAACGCGAAGGCGGAUGUCCGGGUGUAUUCUGUCGAGUCGGCUCGAGCAAUCAUCAAUCUCCGAAACACAGCCGAUAUUGGGACUGUACGGCGUUUUCUCGCACAACAACCCGAUGUUGACUACUGGACGAUCGAUGGGAAUCGCUUUUUUCCACGUGGCGCAUAA